AUGCAACUCCUAGAAAUUAGCGUUUUGGCUCAAUUUGCCAUCUCGGCGAGCGCUCUUGCUGUCUCAGAGUCCCCGAUCAGCCUAAUCAAGGCUCGCGCUACCCCGGUUGCUUCUACCACGGCAUAUUUGCCUGAACCCUCGCCUUCCCCUAUUGGAUAUCAUUCAUGCUCCGGGUACUGGACGUGGUCGCCAAGUGAAUGGGCGAACUUGUGGAAGGGUGACGCCGCUCCCUUGGGCACCUGUGUUGAUAACAACCCUAACAAUAGUGAUGGUACGGACAUUCAUGUCAGCAAGGGCUGUAUUGUGAUUAAUGAUUCACCACGCUGCCAGAGCUCGGAUGAACCCUACAACGUGUCGGAUGAUGAUACUACGCGUCACGUUAGCUCCGCUGUCAUCUAUGCCAAGUUUGACGGUGACAAUUCUCGUCCCGAAGUGACUCCUGGUUGCAAGCUCCAGCCGACGUGGCCUGGCGCCUGGACUGAUCUGGAAUUCACCGAUAACUGUCUCACGGAUCCCACUGGAGUGUGGAGUGAGUGUUGUACGGACGACACGGUCAAUACUGAGUCUGUCAUCAACCCAUAUUUCCACGGGCUUAGCGUCGGGGCUUUCUGA